AUGGUUCUCAAAAGGGUAUCAUUGACUUUUAUCUCAAGAUUCGGCCUGACUCAGCUUGUAGGAACUUUGGACGCCGUCGACGAUAGUUUCAUCCGGAUUGAAAAGCUUCGUCGGCUGGCGCAUCGUGUGGGAGAUUUUGGACUGCGUCUUCCUGGAAGUGAUGUUCACGACGAACUUGUCGACUGGAUAAGCGAUAUUGUACAUGAGAUUAGCGGAAUCAGAGUCCUGGAAUCUCAAUACGAUCUAAUUACUUGGAAACCAAACCAAGGCAGCAGUCUUGUCCAAUCUGGGGAUCUUGUAGCCCAGUUGAACGGGUCUUAUGAAAGGCCAUAUCUCACAACACCCAGCGAGGAUUCGAUUGCUUCCAGUCAGGGUGGAGCAACGGGGCUCAUCAACGCGUUUGGCAUGCCUCGUAAGGCCAUGGAGAACUAA